GACCGUUCACCACUCUGGUACCACUCCACCACUGGUUUCCCACUAAAAUCAAGUGUCAAAAAAGUAUUCCAGGAUUACGUGACAGUACUCAGUGCUCAGUAUCCAAUACCCCCAUUACUUCCCCAAGAAAUCCAACUGCAAAUAUCCAAACGCUUCCACUCCUGAUCCUGCUGGAGACCUGGAUCCAAUCAGCGGCUGGGGAAAAUAAACGUCGAUUAUUUGAUUUGAAGAGAAAAAUUGCAAAUAGCUCAGGCGAAAGUGCGAGAACGAGUUAUAUCGGAGAAAAGAGACAAAGAAUGAAGAAAGGAAGAUACGAUGGUGAAAAUAAAUGAUGAGAAACGACUUGGUCAGUGGUAAGAGAGCAAUAACGGAGAUGGUAUACGCGACGUGAGAGGAGUAUUGAGGAUGUGAAGUGGUCUCCAUGCCAAGGAGGCUACGAAAAUGUCGAGUGUGUUGCUUGUCUCUUGGUACAGAACAGAGAUACACGGUGUAUUAAAACGUUAAUUCUCCUUCCUCGAGGGGAGAGUCACUACCGGUUAUAGUGAAUGUGCACGAAUGUUUAGUUGUUAGUGAAUUUUUUUGUUUUUUUUUUACUCGACGAUUCGGCGGUUUGUUAUCAGUUGUCCGUUGAACGGGUGGUGGAGCUGAUUGUGGAGGAAUUUUGGAGAUAGGUGAUAGGAUCGGUGAUAAUGAGAUCAGAUGAGAUGAGAAGAUGAUAGUGGAGUCCUGGACGUCGAAAUGUCGAGUUUGGCUAGAAGGAGACAGACGAGCUCAUUGUUUGGCUCCAAGAGGUGGUGGACACCUGGAUGUUGGGCGACUAGGGGACAUCAGGAGGCGUAUCUCAGGAAGCUAUAUGGGAGGAAGAAUACUGAGGGGAAUUUCAAUGCGGCUCUUGAUAUCGGUGAGAGUGGCUGGCAGAAGAAUUUGAGUCCGGCUAUUUAUGAGCCUCCUGUUGAUGCUGGACACUAUCUCGAUGACUUCCUCAAGGGCAGGAGAGUCGAGGAAGCCAAGGGAAGACCUUGUCUUCCAAGUCCCAGUCCGACGGAGAAGUGUGUGGAGUUUCUCACUGGGGCUAGGGCUUGUGGCGACUUCAGUGGUGGAUUCGAUGAUGAUCAUGGCAAGUCUCAACGCUGCAUUGAGAUCACUGAACAUAAUCUGGAUAGUCUCCUGCAUUCAAACUAUCGGGAUGAGAAGGUGUGCAGGAGCUGCAGGUGUCCCAGGGAGGAUCAUCAUCGGCCGAAUAUCGAGGCACCAUCGGCCCUCGGCCUAUCACCGGCAUCACCGAUGGCUAUGGCAAUGGCAUUUCAGGGCCCCUCUGCACCUGGACCUGGGGGUCAACAUCAGGAGGCAUUCAAGAGUCCUGUUCAACCGCCUCAGCUUCAGGAACCACUUGUUCAUCAUCAGAGACUCUCCCAAAGCGAUGAUGACAGUGGAUGUGCACUUGAGGAAUAUACCUGGGUACCUCCUGGAUUGAGGCCUGAUCAGGUUCACCUGUACUUCAGCUCUCUACCCGAGGACAAGAUACCGUACGUUGGUAGUGCGGGUGAACGUGAACGAGUGAAACAGCUGCUCCAGCAGUUACCACCGCAUGACAAUGAGGCAAGAUAUUGCAGUGGUCUUGCUGAAGAGGAGAAGCGUGAGCUUCGUGUAUUUGCUGCGCAGAGAAAACGUGAAGCACUUGGUAGAGGACACGCGAGUCAACUUGAGAGACCCCAUGGUACUGGUUGUCGAGAAUGCGGUAGGCCAAUUUCAGCUGGUGAAAUGGCUGUUGGUGCCAGUAGAGCUGGACCAACAGCACUUUGGCAUCCAGCGUGUUUUGUUUGCUGCGUUUGUCGGCAACUAUUGGUUGAUCUCAUCUACUUUUGGAGGGAGGGUAGAUUGUACUGUGGAAGGCAUCAUGCAGAGACCCUCAAACCAAGAUGCUGCGCUUGCGAUGAGAUUAUUCUUGCUGAUGAGUGCACAGAGGCAGAAGGAAGGGCUUGGCACAUGAGGCAUUUCGCGUGCCUCGAGUGUGACAGACAGCUCGGCGGUCAGAGGUAUGUGAUGCGUGAAGGUCGUCCCUACUGUCUCCACUGUUUCGAUGCCUCAUUUGCCGAGUACUGUGACAGCUGUGGUGAGCCCAUCGGUGUUGAUCAGGGUCAGAUGUCUCACGAGGGUCAGCACUGGCACGCUACUGAGGCUUGCUUUGCCUGUGCCACAUGCCGUACAUCAUUAUUGGGAAGGCCUUUCUUACCACGAAGAGGAGCGAUAUACUGCAGCAUCGCCUGCAGCAAAGGCGAACCGCCCACAACACCAAGUGACUCCUCCGCUGGACCACCACCACCGCCUCCUGCCUUUCCAAGACAAACGCGAAAAGCUCCGCCGACGAGUGAGGGCUCUUCGAGCCCCCCACCGCCUUCGACGAGGCAUCACACCCUCCAUGCACCAGGAUCAGCGAGAAACUCCCCAAGACUGACACGAAAGCAUUAUCAAGCCUCCGUUUCUCUGGCGACAACACCAACUCAAGUGAACGUUGGAGAUUUUGGUAGCGAGGGUCUGCCUUCAGCUGGGUCUCGACCUGGUGGUCUGGACCGAGUCAUCCUCGAGAGAAAUCUCGAGAGACUACUCCAGGAACGCACCCCCCACUCCGAGGAAACGCCAUCGGAGCUUGGAAGACUGAUGCAAGCCAGAGAUAGAGAGCCCCUCCGUUGUGUUCCAAAUUGUCCGCCGACCCAUGCAUCGAGUAUGCCGGAGUUACCACCACCAGCUCAUUUAGCCGGUCAUUCUCCAACUCCCCCUCACCCUUCAAACGUAACUGAUGUGCCAACGGACACAAUAGACCUCUGUGGCAAUCCCACAAUGAUAGAUCCCCCGACUCCCACAUCGAGACGUGUGAGAUUUCAGGGUGAUGAUCAUCAUGGAAUAUCGGCGUCUGUUGCACCACUGCCUGCAAGUCCAGGAACACCUCCAUCACCUUCCAGAUCACAAGUACCGAGGUCCAGGAGUUUGCAGCCUGACGAAGUUGCCAGUACAUCUUGGGGGAGUGUGGGUUCUAGAACACGGAAUGAGGACGAGGAGAGUUGUUGUUCGACCUGCAGCUCCUCCAGUAGUUCAGACGAAGCAGCUGCCUAUUCACUGCCACCACGACGAGCCUACGGUGGUGUUAGGAUAUCCUACGUACCCAACGAUGCUGUUGCAUGUGCCAGACGACGUGGACCCACCGCAUCCACAUCGCAAUCACAAAAAGACGCCGAGAAGUGCGUCAUAUCCUGAUCGUUCACAUUUCUACGAUUUCCAGGAUGAGAGAGA